UGCUUUGCGCUUAGGCGAGCACAUUGUUAUUAAAUUUCAUUUUUAAAAGCCGAACUUUUACGAAAAAGUAAAUAAUUGUUGACACUCGUUGUCGCGAUUUUAAGAGUCCCAAGUAUAUCCGCAGUGGUCUUCGGUGGAAGCCUGGUUCCGGUAAUAUUCGAUGGAAUCGGCGAAAUGCUAUUUGUGCGACCAUGAGUUCGUGAACGGCGAGGAGCCAUGGCUCAUGUUUGAGCAAAGGCUGCGAGAAGACGGUCAUGUCGAGUGCUCGCUGGCAGUUCUGUUGGGAUCCAUUUUGCGGUUGGACUUGGAUGAGGGAACUGCACACUCCACAUUAUUGUGUGAUUCAUGUAAUGCUGAUAUUUUGGAAUAUGAAAGCUUGGAAAAAAGGUUUGCGCAAUUAAGGGAGCGCAUACUGAAUUCUUACAAGGAAAACAACACCAUACAUGACUUGGUUGAUCUUAGAAUAUUGCACAACGAAAACAGCCCCACGUCCUCACUGGGGGUAAAUGAGUUGAAAUUUGAGGAAUUGAUACACCCGUCAACGCCCGAAAUGAUUGGGAUUUGUGAUACUGAUUUGAUUGAGGAAGUUCAAGAAGAUGAAGUUCUUGAUUCGGACUCUGACAAUAGAGAAAAUACGUUAGCGUACGAGGACAUGUCGAAUAAUGAGAAAGUGAUAAGUGAAAGCUUUGACUUUGCAGCUUUCAACGAACAUGUUGCCCAAAACUCUUUACCGCCUGGUGUUUUAAAUCUCUCGGAUGGCUUGGUUAACAUAAAUGUAGCAGAUUCCGAUAUUGAUGUACAGAAUAUUCCUCUGAAAGGUCAAGAUAUCAUAAUUUACGAUGUGAGAGCCAAGCCUAUAUUUCAGGAAAAUGCGCUGGAUCAAAAAAAUUCUAAAGAUGACGAUCUUUUGAAAGAAUACGGGAACGAGGAAGAUAUUAGUCUCAAUUUUAUAACAUCAUCUAACGUGUUUAGCGAUAAUGACGCCAAUAAUGAUGGAGGAAUGGCCAUACAAGAUCCAGAAGAAAAUGAGUCACUAAUAUUGGAUAAUCGUCCUAAACGAGUUUGCAAACAAAAUGGUCUUGCGUGCAUUUGUCUUUUGUGCGAAAUUUCACCUAUCUAUACAAUGAAAACUUUAAAGGAGCACUUUCAAUCAUUUCACAACAGUAAAAUAUAUAUGUGUGAGCUGUGCCAAGAAGGUUUUGGUAGGAGGGAAGAUUUGAAAAUUCAUUCCGAAUCUAAUCACACAAUAGAGUGCGACAUAUGCCAUCGAGCUUUUACCAAUCAUCGUCUAUAUCGCAUACACCGACGUAUACAUUAUGGAACUGCGAAAUCUUUAGAGUGUAUUGUUUGCCAAAAAAAGUACAGUACAAAGGGAAUGCUGGAAGAACACAUGAACACACAUACAGGUCGUCGCCCAUAUAAAUGUCCGGAAUGUCAGAAGGACUUUGCUUCAAAAUACACUUUGCAGACGCACAUGAAGAUACACAAAGAAAGACCAAGACCAUUCCAGUGCAAUGAAUGUGGCAAACAAUUUUUAAAUCAGCAGAACCUAAGUCAACAUAAGAAAUUGCAUGUUUCUGGCAAAGCUUUCGAAUGCAGCGUUUGUAAAAAAACUUUUACAACUCAACACAGUUUGCAGGUUCACCAGAUUGUACACUCGGGUCAGCGACCAUUUAUUUGCCGUAUUUGCGGAAAAUCGUUUGCACGUCGACCAGAAAUUAAGGACCAUGAGCGUAUACACACAGGGGAGAAACCAUACAAAUGUGAUAUGUGUCCACUAGCGUUUGCACAACGCUCCAAUUUAACUAGUCACAAGAAAUCGACGCAUUUCAAUGAGAAACUUCAUAAGUGCGACCAUUGUCUGCGCUCCUUUAAGCGAAAACGGUUGUUGGAAUACCAUAUCCAGGCUAUUCACACUGGUGAAAGGCCCCACAAAUGUGAGAUCUGUGGGGCAGGAUUCGUCUACCCGGAACACUUUAAGAAGCAUAUGCUUAUUCACAGUGGCAAAAAACCGUUUGCUUGCGAGGUAUGCGGAAAGCAAUUCAAUAGCCGAGAUAACCGUAAUGCACAUCGCUUUGUGCACAGUGACAAAAAACCAUAUGAAUGCAUGGAAUGCGGUGCAGGUUUUAUGCGAAAACCUUUACUUCUAACCCAUAUGAAACAAACAAAACAUACCAACGACACAAUAAUUGUCAAUCAACCCCAAUUCACCCAGAACAUAACGAUGGAAGAUCAGCUAGAUCUGGUUGACACAAAAACUUUUGAUGAUGAACAUGGAAUGGAUGAUGAAUUACAAUCCGAGGAUUCUGAAGAGGGUAUGGCGCAAAUUAUAUUCAAAACAGAUGAGUUACUAGCUGUAGACAACACCGUCUCAAACGUUGAAGGGGAGGCUGACGAAGACGUAAUAACCGUCGAAAGCAAUCUUAUCAAGGAUGAGUUGGGCGUUGUAAAAUAUUUACAGUUUGAGGAUUUGGAACGAGAUGGAGGCCAAACCCUCACAUGGGUUGACAUAGGAGAUGAUAAUAAACUGUAAAAGUCGGAAUUUUUUUUUUUGCAUUGACGUUAGAAAAUAAAUAUGUUUUUAUACAAAUUGAA